AUGAAAGGGAACCGAAAAUGUUCGGGAUUUAGAAUGCACUUACUAAAUACGCUUUUAUCAUCUGUUGUAGCGUGCAAUAUUUGUGGUGUAUGCCGAACAAACGUUCAGAAUUUGACCCGAAAAGCAAAAAAUGUGAAAAUUAUUGAUGAUAGCAAACACUGGGAUAUACAAGUGAUCAAAAAUAAUAAUAAGGAGAGUUUAAAAGAAUAUUAUGAUAGAACCGAUAAACUUCAAACUCAACAGCAAAACACACAUGUGAAAAUAACGAAUGAAAAUCAGAUUCAACUAAGAGUGUGUGUAGAUAAUACUGAAGAACAUAAUUUGCCUGUUGAUCCUGAUAUGACUGCUAACAGUCUAAAAGAACAUUUAUGUAAAGACAUAUGCAGGUUACCAUCAUCGCCCGAAUACUAUAGUUUGACUGUAUCCACACCAACUAGCAAUGUGGUGAUUCUGCACAAAAAUAUGGAUGAAACCCUGAAACAAUUAGGAUUUAUGUCACCUACCACGGUGAAUAUUCACAAAAGUGGAAACACAAAUCGCGAAAAAUCUAACUACCAGCAGCCCGAGAAAACUGUGAAGGAGGAACUGCGUUUAAUCGUGUAUUCAGAAGACGCGACUAUAGUUCAAAUAACCACCGAUUCGAAUGUUACUGGUUCACAACUACUCAAUAACAUACUUACAAAACUAAAAAGACCAAUAAAAGAAGCAAAAACAACACGUUUAAUAAUACAUAAACCAAAAUUCGACGACGAACCCUUGUCGCAAGAGCGACUUCAAUGUACCCUCAAAGAGCUGGGUAUAAACGAUAAUUCCAAAAUUACCAUUACACAUAAAAAUAUCCAAACAAUUAAAACAUCCGAAAAAGAUACGUUUAAACCACGUUCAACCACUCAUAGUAAGCCGCAUGAGGAUCGGAAACCAGAUACUUCAAAAUCGUUUCGAUCCGAUAUUAAAUUAGCGAUAUAUUUCAAAGACAAUUUCCUGAUGCACUUACAUAAAAACCCCGAGACAACAACAGCCGAAGAACUAUUAGCUGACCUUCGUGCACAUGAUACUGUCUUACGAUUACCAGUGGACAGAAUACAACUGUGUAUUCAUAGGAUAAAUAAAAAAAUAACUGAAUCUAUGUAUAAAAUGACACUCAAACAACUGGACAUUGCAGAUCAAACAGAAAUACGUAUCCUGGCAAUAGAUGAGCCGUCUACUACUAGCAAUCAGCCACAUCCGUUAUCUCCUCGAAAUAGCUUAGCUGCACCAUCGUCUAAGACCAUGACACAACUCAAUAAACGAGCCGGUGUAUGUGGUUUAAUCAACCAGGGCAAUACUUGUUUCAUGAACAGUGCUCUUCAAUGUUUGAGAAAUGUUCCACCUUUAACUCUAUACUUUCUCAACCACGGAGACUUGAACUUGAAUUGUGGCGAAACGAUAAGUGCCUAUGCUGAUUUUAUCUCAAAAGUAUGGCUUCAUCCUAAAGGUGAUUAUUUUGAACCGAGUCUGUUGAAACAUUGUGUCAGUCAGUUUGCACCUCAAUUUAUCGGAUACGCUCAACAUGAUGCUCAAGAAUUUAUGAAUUUUCUUCUGGAUGCUCUUCACGAAGACCUGAAACGAUUCGGUGAUGGUCGACACUCCAUUAUUGCUGACUUGUUCCACGGCGAAACACAAACGAUUGUGCAAUGUUCACGAUGUGACGAAAUUGAGAUUACAAAGAAUUUAUUUACAUUUCUUCCACUUCCAUUACAGAAGAAAGGACGAUUGUUUGCAGUCACAUAUUGCCCCCGUCAGGAGAAAUCCCGAAUCUAUUGGGUCGAAACGGCACGCAACGGAAACAUUUCUAGCUUAAUUAACGAUUUUCUCUCAACUUAUAAGCGAUCUCCACGAACAGAAAAGUUUUGUACCCAUACGCCAAUCGAAUCGCAUAUAGAAGUAGUUCAUAGUGGAACUACAAGAUACGAACAUAAUGUUCCACUGGUACAUGUUCCUGAGGAGCAUAUAAUUUUCGAGCAAACAUGCUACAAGGUACCCACUUACAAAACAGAAAAAGCAAUGUCUUCUAACGAUUCGGAUACAAUGACGUUGACCGAAUGUCUUGAAGAGUUUACAACUCAAGAAACUUUAGGUGAAAACGGAAAAUGGCAUUGUCCAAUAUGCAAUAAACUGAGAGUUGCCACAAAGAAGCUAGAUAUUCUUUCGUUUCCAGAAGUACUUAUUAUUCAACUAAAACGAUUUGUCUACGACGAUUCUGACAACAAGAUCAAUAAGUUUGUAUCGUGUCCAUUAACAAAUUUAGAUUUAAGCGCUCUCUCAACUGACAGUAACGCCAACUAUAAUCUUGUUGCAGUCGCAAAUCACAAAGGUUCACUGGAGUAUGGACAUUAUGUGACGAAUGCAAAGAACUUUAAUAAUGGAAAAUGGUAUCAAUUUGAUGAUAGACACGUUAAUGAAAUUAAUUUAGAAGAAGAUAUUAUUACUGACGAGGCAUAUAUUCUCGUUUACGCUCAGAAAAAGUAA